AAAUAUUAAAAAAAUAAUUUAUUAAUUUCAUUUUAUAAUUUAUAUAUAAUAAUAGUUUGGAAAAAUGUUAAUGUUUAAAGAUAGAGUUGUUAUUGUUACUGGUGCUGGUGGUGGUAUUGGUAGAGUUUAUGCUUUAGAGUUUGCCAAACGUGGUGCCAAAGUUGUUGUUAAUGAUCUUGGUGGUUCACACACUGGUCAAGGUGCAUCAUCAAAAGCUGCUGAUAAAGUUGUCGAUGAAAUUAAAGCUGCUGGUGGUGUUGCUGUUCCAAAUUAUGACUCUGUUGAAGAUGGUGAAAAGAUCGUUCAAACUGCUCUUGACAAUUUUGGUCGUAUUGAUAUUUUAAUUAACAAUGCUGGUAUUCUUCGUGAUGUCAGUUUUGGUAAAAUGUCAGAUAACGAUUGGGAUCUUAUCUAUCGUGUUCAUGCUAAAGGUGCCUAUAAAUUAUCAAGAGCUGCUUGGAACCAUAUGAGAGAAAAAUCAUUUGGUCGUAUUAUUAUGACUAGUAGUGCUGCUGGUUUAUAUGGUAACUUUGGUCAAAGUAAUUAUGGUUCAAUGAAAAUGGCUUUAGUUGGUUUAUCAAAUACUCUUGCUCAAGAAGGUAAAACUAAAAACAUUACAUGUAAUACAAUUGCUCCAAUUGCUGCUUCACGUUUAACUGAAAGCGUUAUGCCACCAGAAAUCUUAGAUCAAUUAAAACCAGACUACAUUGUUCCAUUAGUUUUAUAUCUUUGUCACGAAGAUACCACUGAAUCAGGUAGUGUAUUCGAAGUUGGUGCUGGUUGGGUCAGCAAAGUUCGUUUAGAACGUUCAGCUGGUUUCUAUGACAAAAACUUAUCAGCUGAAAAACUUAAAGAUAACUGGGGUAAAGUUGAAUCAUUCGAUAAUCCAUCAUACCCAACUUCAGCUUCAGAAAGUGUUAGUGGUAUUUUAGCUGCUGUUAACAACAAAGCCUCCGAAACUGGUGCCUCACCACUUGUUAGACCACCAAAACCAGCUGCUCCAGCUGCUGCUGCUGCUGCCCCAAGCGCCUCAGUUGUUGUUGAUGGUUUCGAAUCAUCAAAGGUUUUCCAAACCAUCCAAAAAACCAUCCAAUCAAAUGGUGCUGAUUUAGUAAAGAAAAUUAAUGGUGUAUAUUUAUUCAAUGUUAAAAAUGGUAGUAAAGUUCAAUCAUGGGUUUUAGAUUUAAAGAAUGGUAGUGGUUCUAUUUCAGUUGGUUCAGAAUCAAAAGGUAAACCAAAUGUCACCAUCGCUGUUUCAGAUGAUGAUUUCACUCAAAUUAUGACUGGUAAAUUAAAUGCCCAAAGUGCAUUCAUGAAAGGUAAGUUAAAGAUUCAAGGUAAUAUGGGUUUAGCCACUAAAUUAGGUUCAAUUAUGCAAAAAUCAAAAUUAUAAAAAAAAUAAUAUAAAAAAUUUUAAAAUAAAAAAAAAAAAACCUGUGUUUUAUAAAAUAU